AGGCAGUGUGGUGUCUAGCUAGUCGGUCUUCGAAAGGAUUCGAUUCCCUAUUCACUCCACCAUUUUGCUAGUUAGCUUGUUACGUCUGCCUGCGUUUUCCCUCCCCACAAGUUCUCUCCCCCGUUCCCUCACUGGACUCUUUAGAAAAUUGCUUUAGUAAAAGCUAUAAACACGGUUUUGAAUCAUUAAACAUGGAUAAAACGACGGAGCUUAUUCAGAAGGCUAAACUGGCCGAGCAGGCCGAACGCUACGACGACAUGGCCACUUGCAUGAAGGAGGUAACGGAGCAAGGUGCUGAGCUGUCCAACGAAGAGCGGAACCUGCUGUCAGUCGCCUACAAGAACGUGGUCGGAGCCCGGAGGUCCGCCUGGAGAGUCAUCUCCAGCAUCGAGCAGAAGACCGAAGGCAGCGACAAGAAGCUUCAGAUGGUCAAGGAGUACCGGGAGAAGGUGGAAUCCGAAUUGCGAGACAUCUGCAACGACGUGCUGGAGCUGCUAAACAAAUAUUUGAUCGCCAACUCCACAAACCCCGAGAGCAAAGUCUUCUACCUAAAGAUGAAGGGAGACUACUACAGAUACCUGGCGGAAGUGGCCACAGGAGAGAAGCAGGACACGAUAGCCUCCUCUCAGACCGCCUACCAGGAGGCGUUCGACAUCAGCAAGAAGGAGAUGCAGCCCACGCACCCCAUCCGCCUGGGCCUGGCCCUCAACUUCUCCGUCUUCUUCUACGAGAUCCUCAACUCCCCGGACCAGGCCUGCGCCCUGGCCAAACAGGCCUUCGAUGAAGCCAUCGCCGAGCUCGAUACACUGAACGAAGACUCGUACAAAGACAGCACCCUCAUCAUGCAGCUGCUAAGAGACAACCUCACAUUAUGGACAUCGGACAACGCAGCAGACGAAGGCGAGGCCGGGGAAGGAGGCGAGAACUAAAACCGCACAAGGGGUCAUCUCCAAAAAGAAAAAAAACUAAAACUUUGAAAAAAAAAAAAAAAAAAAAAACCUUUUUACACAUCUUCAUUCCUUAUUGUUCCACUUAAAAUUCUAGCAUUGAAAGCCCAUCAUUACUGAAGGAGCCGUGUGGAAACUCAAAUCAUUUUCUGUUUUCACACUGCUGCUUUUGGAAAGAAAAAAAAAAAAAAGAAUUUAAAAUAUCUCCAUUCCUUGGUUUGUGUUUGUCCUGGCCUUCCUGAUGUGCAGUCUCUGCUGUAGAAAAGUAUUAAUAGCUUCACUUUAUAUUGACAUUUACUUCCAAUUUCAGAUGAGAAAAUUGCAUUACAGGACUUGCGUGUAUCUCCAGAAAAUCUGUCCAGUGAAUUUCAAACGCAAGCGAUUAGAGAACGGUGGUGCGGAGGGCGGCUUAAUUCGUAAAUGUUGAAGUGCUCCUCGUCACGUCCACUGUACCCCCCCGCCCCACCCCAACCCCCCCAUCCUGGUUUCUCUCCAUCAGGUUGUCUGGUAGAGUUACAGCAGCUGAAUGAUUUAGAAGGCCGAAUGACCCUGCAUAUGCUGGCUAUAAGACUAAGGCAACCUGCCCUCAAUGCUGUCAUGGCGGCCGGUGCCUCCAUUGACAGGCAAGGCAGCAAGCUGUUCACAGCAAAGCAAGUGCUUUUUCAUCGAUAACUUUGAGGUCUUUCCUUUUCGGAGGUCACAAAACACUCCUUCCUAGUUAUAUUCACUUCAAUGUGUUACUUUGUAGCAUGUCUGACUAAAAACAGUGGCGCUUAACAACGACCGAAAAGAUGAAUAAAAUGACAAAAAAAAAAGAAUAAAAAAUAAAAAAGUACAUGCAUGUCCUUUUAAAAGUACACUGGAAUGAGAACCAAUGCUGUAUACACCAAGUCCCAGUGUUUGGUUUAGUACUUUUCAUCGCAGGUUUGUGCACAUGUGAGAGGGUGUUUGGUUUGUCCAGUGAUUGUCAUUUAGAGAUUUGGACCACUAUUGUGUUUUGCUAAUCAUUGAUUGUAGUCCCCAAAAGCCUUGUGAAAAUGUUUAAUGCCCUAUGUAACAGCUAUGUAACAUGAAUAAAAAUGACAUUUUAUAAACCAGAAA